AUGUCCGAUUUCGGUCAGCUAUCUGACCUUGUCCGCGACUCGAGGAUCGAAACUGAAUUCCGUGGAGAUGAGUUCACACACGUCUUUUACGAUUCCGGCUCAUCAGCCAGAGAGCGACGUAUCCGGAGGGAAGAACUAUGGCAGCGACAAGAUCGGAUCGGACGCGGUACAUACGGCACCGUCUAUCUAGAGAGAUGCAUAAGUGACGACUUUCGACGACGGCGAGCUGUGAAGGAGAUAAAGAUGCAUGACAGGCGAGAAUAUGCGCGGGAGCUAGAGGCAGUUGCCAAAUUCUCUCACAAGAAAUACUCGCACUGCUUUGUGCAGUCAUUCGGCUGGUUCGAGAGGCAUGAUACUCUUUUCAUUGCCAUGGAAUACCUAGAACAUGGCAGCUUCCAUGAUUACUUGUUCCCACCACUGCCCGAAGUGGAAGUCGCCGAGAUCACCUCACAGAUUCUUGAAGGUUUGUCCUACAUGCAUGGUAACGGCUUUGCUCAUCGAGACCUCAAACCAGAGAAUAUACUGGUCGUAGAGCGAGGCCCUGACUGGUUCGUUAAAAUCGCUGACUUUGGUAUCAGCAAACGUAGGCCAGAAGGCAUCACUGCUUUCAACACUCUUAACCGAGGUACUCCUGGCUUCGCUGCACCGGAAGUAUACAGGAGCAUGUUUCACGGUGAGUACACUUUCGCUGUCGACAUGUGGUCCCUCGGCUCUUUGGUUUUCACAGCUUUGACCAAUACGAUUGCUUUCCCGGAUGAGUCUGAGCUGUUCAAAUACUUCUAUAGGCGUCAAAGGUUCCCUAAAGCCGAACUAGAAAGGUCGAACAUUUCAACGUUGGCUCAAGAUUUCAUUUUCAAGCUGAUGGAGCCUCACCCAAAAGACCGUCUUACCGUUGAGCAUGCGAGAGGUCACCCAUGGCUCCCUAGGCAGCCAUCCGACGAUCCAGAAACACCACCCAGGUAUGUAUUAGCUUUAUAG